CGGCGGUGACAAGGUUGGUGACAAUUUGAUAUGGGAUGGGCGUCGCGUUGAACGAAGAGUACAGCUUUUUUUUCUCCCACCGUGAUGAUAAUGAAUGGUGAUAUCGCGACAUACAAACAUGGCCAUCAUUUGAUACUGCAGUCGUCCGCCGAUCCAGACGAGUCUAGACUGCUGCUACUGGUGCUACUGCUGGAAUUCGCGCGGGGGUAGUAUACCGUUCGUCUUGUCGCGUAUACACGCCCGAACCGAAGAAACGCGCAUCUCGUAAAAAAAAAGAAUUAUCUCGUGCGCACGGGUGCGAGAAAGAGAAAGAAACAGAGAGAGAAAGAGAGUGAGCGCGUAUCGGCCACAUCGCAAACUUUUGGAGGCUGCGGCGUGCGUCAUAUGCCCGUUAAGAUGGCCCGGGAAUAUGAUCAUCUGUUCAAGCUGCUCAUCAUAGGAGACAGUGGUGUAGGUAAAAGCUCACUCCUACUGAGAUUUGCUGACAAUACUUUCAACGGCAGUUAUAUAACUACGAUAGGAGUGGAUUUUAAAAUACAAACUGUGGAGGUGGACGGCGAGCGAGUGAAGCUGCAAAUUUGGGAUACCGCUGGACAAGAACGUUUCCGGACAAUAACUUCAACUUACUAUAGGGGAACGCACGGCGUUAUAGUUGUGUAUGAUGUGACCAGCGGUGAUACGUUCGCGAACGUUAAACGGUGGUUGCAUGAAAUCGAACAGAAUUGUGAUGUGGUUAACAGGGUACUCGUAGGAAAUAAGAAUGACGCACCUAAUCAGAAGGUGGUGUUAACGGAAGAUGCGCAAAGAUUUGCCAACCAAAUGGGAAUUCAGUUGUUUGAAACUUCCGCCAAGGACAACAUCAAUGUAGAGGAGAUGUUUAUGGCAAUAACGCGACAAGUGUUACGGACCAAAAAAGAACGCAAGGAGCGGCAAGCCAUACAGACGAAUGAGACAGUUAACCUGAGGAAAAGCACAAAACAGCACAGGAAAAAAUGUUGUUAGCGAGCGUUGUAUAAGCAUGCUACUCCCUAUUCACAAAAUAUUAUUUGAUACAAUAAUUAGGGCAGAAUAAAACAGAGAGCAUGUGUUAGUACCAUGAGCGGACAUGAAACGCUGGAAACCCUGAUAUUUUCUAACAGCAACUGAGUUUUGUAUUCCAAUUAUGAUACCUAAGAUUGUAUUUUAACUAAGGUAUACUUUUGACGUUUUAGUAUACUCUAUUUAAUAUAAUAGAAUCGAAAUACUGAGCGAGCACGUAGGGCUUAUUUAGUGAAAGCGAUUGUCUAUGCAACAUUCGUUUUUAACGUGUUAAAUACUUUUGCGUGCUACGUUUGAGAACAAAGGCCUAUUCAUUUGUAACAUUUACAGAAGGGUAACUCUCAUAGGCAUACGUACACGAAUAUUUAAAAACUGUGUUACACAUACACGCAUACAAACGCGUUUCAUAUCAUAUUAAUUAAACGAAGCAUCGUAAUUAACAAACAAUGCUACAUCUUCCGCUAAUUUUUAUAAAGUUAUUUUGGUAAUUGUAUAAAAUUUUGCUGCAUUCAAUAAUGAGUUACCAUAUUUUAAAUAAAUCGUAUUUAAAGCGAGUAGGAUUAAAGUUUUUUGAACAAACAGGCGACAGAUAUUAUUAGCUGGUCCAAGUAAUUCUUAGGACGUUUUAGUAAAAUUAAGGUUCCUGUAAUUUGAUGACGCUUUCAAUGCACUCUAAAAGAUUCAACCGAAUGUUAAAGCAGUGGAAUGUAUCAACGGUAUGCAGCGGCAUGCGUUACAACUGGUGUACAAAAGAAAAGACUGCAUGCUGCUCGAAAACCACAAAAACUGCUUAAUCAGGUGAAAUUUAAUAUACUUCCUACUGUGUUCGAAAUAUUUUCGCAUGGGUUUGAAGAAUCAACAUGGUUUAUGAAAUUGAUAUUUAUUGUGAAUUUAUAUAGGCACAUUUCUAAUGUGUAAUUAGUAAAGUUUUAUAAUUGUAAUUUGUUCUGAUUAAAGUUUUAGAAUUAUCUACGGAACUUGAGCGUACAAUUUGUGUGUUUGAACAACAAUGUUUGAAAACACUUUUUUAAACAAGUUUUAAACAGUACCUAAUGGAAUCAUUGAAUAUUAUCAUCCCCGAUAAUUAAGAGCGAUAAACUCUCCGGUAAAAAGUAUGUACAUUGUUACUUCCAAGAUAUAUUACUGAAAUACGCAGUAUUUAGUCAUACAUUAAUGAAACAUUAAGCAGUAUUAUCUUUUUAAUUUUGUAUACGGUCUAACAUAUGUAUCAUACGCAUAAUAGUGGUUCCGUAACGAACGUGAGAAAAGUGAAAAGCUCGUGUAACGUCCGACUUUUAUAUAUUCAAGUAUACAUAAGUACGCAAGAGUAUCUUAAAUUGUCCGUACAUUUGCGACGAAACACAUUACACAUACACACACACACACGGUUUGAAACAUUUAUUGCAGAAGGGUAGAUAGCAAGACGACGAAAAUAUAACGAUCGGUCAUGUCCAGCUAUGACAGAAGCUGUCUGUAUUAAUCUGUGAUAAUAGUUAAGAUAAUGUCGCCAGCUGCCACUGUAAUACCGCUGCGUGUAAUCCCAUUCCUCCCUGCUCCUGUGUAAUUGUUGUAAUUGAUAUCGCCAUUGUUUUCUCUCUUUCUCUUCUCUUUCUAGUUUUCGUUUCUUUCGUACCAAUUACAUAUCUCCCUUAGAGGCAAUAAAGCGACAUCCUGCAAUGUGUACAUAUUCUCUACUUGCCAGUUUUAGUGGCAUAUUCACCAAGUAUUUCAAUCGAGCAUAUUCAAUCUUGUUUACUGUUAUACAGUUACGACGUUGUAAUAUUAUUAUAUACAUACGUACGAUUAUAAAUAAAUAGGAAUUAUAUGUAUGUGUAAACAA